CACUCAGAAAUCCUCCUGCUGGGGACUCAGGCCCUCGAAAGGUGUCACGUCCCUGCUGUCCCCACCUUGAAACUCUAGGCCUUCCUGAAGAGUUGCUGCCUCUGGCCUGAGGGGAACCAGCAGCUGCUUCCACCCAGCAGAGGAUGGAGGGAUGGCAUGAGGCCAAGUGUGGAGGUCCUGAGGAGGUGGAAGGCCAGGGGCCAGGCCUGAGGAGCAGCAGGAGCUGGACUCAGGAGAGCCCCUCCUUGGAGCAGGGCUGCACGAGGCCCAACCUGCGGCUCCUGCUGCUGGGAAAACAGCGUGCAGGAAAAAGUGCUACUGGGAACAGCAUCCUGGGCAGAGCUGCAUUUGACUCCGGGUUUGGCUCUCAGAAUGUGACUGUGAGGUGCCGGCGAGAGAGUGGGGCUGUUUUCGGGAGGCAGGUGGUGGUCAUCGACACCCCUGACAUCUUCUCCCCCUUGGCCUGUGCGGAAGCCAAGCCAGGCAACAUGGACCGGUGCAUGGAGCUCUCCGCUCCUGGCCUCCAUGCGCUGCUCCUGGUGGUGCCUAUCGGAAAUUACACCGUGGAGGACGAGCAGACCUUCCAGGGCAUCCAGGAGGAGUUUGGGGAGGAGGCCAGCAGGCACAUCCUUAUAGUCUUCACUCGGAAGGAGGAGCUGGGUGACAAUUCACUGCAGGAUUACAUUGAAAGCAAAGAGUUUCUUAAAGCAUUGGUUGGAAGUGAUGAAGGCCGCUACUGCGUUGUGGACAACAAGGCAGAUGAGGGCGAGCAGGCAGCCCAGGUGUUGCAGCUCCUCAGCAAGGUUGAACACUUGGUGGAGAGUCACGGACUGUGGCACGUGAACCUCAGAACCAAAGGCCGUGGAUUUCAGUAUUGUGUGAAUGGAGCUGCAUGUCAGGAGAGGGCUGAUCCAUGCGGUAAGUUGAUCCCUUUAAGAUGGAAGGCUCAUAUCUGCACCCCUUCAAGGCAUUAUGUGGCUAAAGUGAAGUGGAAGAAUUUUGCAUGUGGAUCAGAAACCAAAUGCGCCGGGAGACCUCAUUCAGCUGGGUGCCCACACCUGUCCCCAGGGAGCUUUCGACACUUGAAACCCAGGAAGGAACACACCAGGCUAGAUGGAACCCUGAACAUUAUCCUUGUGGGAAGGAGUGGGACUGGGAAGAGUGCAACCGGGAACACUAUCCUGGGGAGACGUGCCUUCCUCUCUCAACUCCGAGCCCAGCCAGUCACCCAGACAUGCCAGAGUGGCCGGAGGACAUUGGACGGGCAAGAUGUUGUGGUUGUGGACACCCCAUCCUUCCUGGCUUCUUCCUGGUUAGAGGAAGAAGUUAAACACUGUUUGUCUCUGUGUGAGGGAGGAACCAAGGUCUUUGUCCUGGUGCUCCAGCUUGGAUGUUUCACUCAAGAGGACAAAAGGGCAGUGUUGAAUCUGGAGACCAUCUUUGGAGAGGAUGUUAUGAAAUACAUGAUUGCGCUGUUCACCCGGGAGGAAGACCUCAAGGGCGGGAAGAUUGAAGAUUACACUGAGAACACAGAUAACAAAGCCCUUAAGAGUCUAAUUAAAAAGCACAAGUGGCCAGUUUGUGCUUUUAAUAACAGAGGCACUGACCAAGCCCGGGAAGUGCAGGUGAAAGAUCUUUUGAAGAAGGCCAAUGACCUGAGAAAAAGUCAUGAAGGGUCUGAGUAUUCCUCUACGUGGGAGAAUAUCAGCCAACAAAUUAAAAAUGCCCAGAAAAAAUACAGUUGCAAAAUAUCCAUAAGUACUUUAAAAAAUAUGUUUCAGUAGGUAGCUGAAAGGCUUGGGGUCUCUUCCUGUUAGGAACAUUGCCAUGCUGGGAGAAGGGUGAGUUAUGGUAGGACCAGUGGGAUAGUAGGGAGGUCGGUGGCUUUCAUGGCUUGAGAGGCUAAUCCAUCCUACCUCAUGUGGUAGCUAUUUGUAGGCAAAUACAUAGGCUGGGGCAGGGACGAGUGGAUUGUGAAGGAGAAAUAGGGAACAAGGCAGAAGAAUCUAAAAGAAAGGGUUAGAAUCUGAUGGAGUCAGGACACCACGACCAAGGUCCACGCCAGCUGUGGCAUCAGAUUACAGAUAGUAGUGCAACAACCAUGGGAUCCAGGCACAGAGAACAGAGCAAUGUCCAGUGUGCACCUGGGCAUGGCAGGUGUGGGAGAGGACUCCAGUGGGCCUCUCUGUGGCCCAGUCUGUCCUCCAGGUGCACAGGUAGCUCCUCCUUCCAGCCCUCUCCUUCCAUGCCUGAUAUAAAGCUGGACACGUCUUCCCUUCCUUGUCCUAGAGAAAACAAAAAGCCUGUGAAGGUUCAAGCGAUUUUACCGCUAACUAGCACAGUAAAGUAGACCAAAACAAACACUAGAAGCAUAGCACAAUUUGAAUAGAGAAUUGCAAAAUUUUAACUUUUAUUCUAGGUUUCCUGUAGGGGUUAUUGGAAUUCCUCUACACUCCCCUCUGCCUUUAAAAAAAAUUCAUAAAUGUUAAUAACUAGGUUAAAACUCAGACAACUCAAAUAAUAUUGGUUUAAACAUAGGGUUCAUUGUGUCUCAUAUCAAAAAGUCCAGUAGCACUCAGUGUUGGGCUGUGGGCAUCAGAAUUCUAGCUUCCUCCUGUCUUUCUGCCUAGCUUUGGGGGCACAUGAACCCCACAGUUGAGCUUACUUCUUAGUUCCAAGGUCUAUCCAUGCUCAAUAGAUUCUUUUGGAAGCUUCCUGAAGUGUGCAAUGCAUGAUAUCGUAAGUAUAGAUUCUUCUCCCAGGUAGAUAGGGAGUUGGAUGUUUUCUAUAAUAACCACUUUAUUCAUGCUUUAAGGACAAGAGCUAUGACAUAAUUCUGUUAUUUACUUUCUUGUCUCCAGACAACAUUUGUUUACCUUCAAGAUUAACUUAUUUAUUAGAGCAUGGGUUGUUACAAUUAAUACCCAUAGGCACCACAU